AUGGUUCUUCUUCCCAGCAGCAGCGGGUACCGUCCUAACAAAGGCGUCAAACGCGAACAUGAUCCCGAUCAGGUUCACGAUCUUAGCUCCAAAAGUCCAAAUGCAAACGGCUCUCCAGACAAUCGAACACAAGAGCAUAAGAAAAAGAAAACUCACCAUAAGAAGUCGAAGCACAAGUCUUCUCAAUCACAGCAACAAGAAGACACAUUAAUGAGCGGGGGCUUGGGAGAUAUGAGCGUGGAGUUAGGAGAGCCGAUCUUACCACAUCCUAGUGAUUCUCAACAUAAGAAGAAGAAGAAGACGAAGAAGCUUAAGAGCGUGCAUUUUGAAGAACCCAGCAGUAACUAUCGCCCACCGCACGUUGUUGAUGAGGAAGAGGACGCAGAAACUGAAAGGUUUGAGAUGAAUGGUGGUUCAGCUCUGCGCGAAACAUCUACCUUACCUGUUCGAUCUCACAGUCCAAUCUUACCACCAACGUCAAGUCCAAUUCUUCCUCCUACCCGACCAAAAAGAUCCUCGAGCCAUGGUCCGCCACCUCCAAUUCUCCCACAGCCUUCUCCGAGUCGAAUGAAUCCACUGUAUGUUCCUCCAAAAACCUCGACUCCAAUCUUACCUCCAGCUUCACCCUUCAGAAAGAGACGUGGCUCAACUGGUAAUACCUUUGCUCAACCACCACCAACGUUCUCAACACAAGUUCCUAGUCCACAGGCCACUCAACCACCACCCGCCAAACCAACAACCAAAUCAGCCGAUCCCAAGCCUAAGGAUGACGAAUGGGAGUUUAGCACUGGAAAGAUUCGAGCAAUGAUCGGUGAUCCAAUGGAAAAGGAUGCGCAAAGAGAAGAAAACGUUGCGUUCUCACACAACUACAUCCGAUCUCCCAUGCGACAAGAUCAAGGUAUCAAUGUAGGAGGCGUCAACUUCAACAUUUGGCACAUCAAAAACCGUGAAACUUUCAUCUUCAAGAGCAAAAGCACUGGACUACAAGUAUGUUCAGUAGCUCAAGGUAGCAUAUGGGUAUUCCUCGGUCUCGAGAAAUUUCGCAUAUCGAAAGGUGGGAUGUGGCGUAUCAGAGAAGGAGAGAUGUGCUCCGUUAAAAACCAAGAUGGUCAUGAGUGUGUCUUGCACGUCACCGUAAUUCCAAGUGCUUCUACAUUGGCAAACCAGUGA